GAGAAAAGGCUGGGCUUCGCAACCUGCUGCUGGGAUUUAGACAAAGGAGGUUUGAGAGGCAGAGACCCAGGCAGAUCAGCUUCUAGUAUCAGCGUGGGAGAGAGAGAGCCAGCAGCUGGGCUCCUGGGAUGAAGCGGAAUAAACUCACAGCAUCUCCUUCAGGGUAGGAAUUACUGGAGUAUGCACCAAAAUAAGAACUUUUUUUUCCCAAAAAGUGAGUCUGGGAAAGGACUUUCAGCUUUCGAUGGGUCUUUGACAUUUUACUCCUCUUCGAGGCAUGCCUUCACUGUUGCGCUCCCUCUUCAUAGUUUCUGUCUCUAGUGUCAUCCUUUUUAUCGUCUUUUAUGUAUUCAAUUUUGGGGGCGAUCAAGGCUUCCAGAAGCUAAAUGCCUCAGAGACGUGGAUGCUGUCUCAAGUCUGCACAGCCUUUAUCGAAGGGAAAACAUCUUUCCUGUGGAGGAACAAACUCAUGAUGUCUGAGACAUCUUCUUGCAAGGAGUACUUCACCCAAAGCCACUAUAUCACGGCCCCAUUAUCUAAAGAGGAAGCAGAAUUUCCUUUGGCGUACAUCAUGGUCAUCCACCACAAUUUUGAUACAUUUGCAAGGCUCUUCAGGGCGAUUUACAUGCCCCAAAAUGUCUACUGCAUUCACGUGGAUGAGAAAGCCACAGUUGAAUUUAAAGAUGCAGUGGAGCAAUUACUGAGCUGCUUCCCAAAUGCUUUCCUGGCUUCCAAGAUGGAGCCAGUUGUCUAUGGGGGCAUUUCCAGGCUCCAGGCUGACCUGAACUGCAUGAGAGACCUGGCCGCCUCGGCGGUUCCCUGGAAGUACGUGAUCAACACCUGUGGGCAAGAUUUCCCCCUGAAAACCAACAAGGAGAUAGUUCAGUAUCUGAAAGGGUUUAAAGGGAAAAAUAUUACCCCCGGGGUGCUGCCCCCAGCUCAUGCGAUUGGUCGGACGAAGUAUGUCCACCGAGAACACCUGGGCAAAGAGCUUUCCUAUGUGAUCAGGACGACAGCAUUGAAGCCGCCCCCUCCCCAUAAUCUCACCAUUUACUUUGGUUCUGCCUAUGUUGCUCUGUCAAGAGAGUUUACCAGCUUUGUUCUCCACGACCCGCGGGCUGUCGAUUUGCUCCAGUGGUCCAAAGACACUUUCAGCCCUGAUGAACAUUUCUGGGUGACGCUCAAUAGGAUUCCAGGUAUGUGAGGUUCCCUAUUUCACACCUAG